AUGGAGAACAACCUGCCUUCCCCCUCCUCCCCUGCUCAGGAUGACUCCGGCUCCCCUGCCGCCGUGGUCGUGCCACCCCCACCUCCACCCGCUCUCCUUCCGGCCGCCCCUCUGGUUCCUACCCCGGUUGUGACAACCGUCUCUCACACGGUACUGCAAACCAUCGACAUUCGUCGUCACGUUCCGAUCACCCUCGACCUCCUCGCCGGCAACUACGCACAGUGGCGUCGCCACUUCGACACGACGAUCGGCAUGUUCGGGCUCCGUGAUCACGUGGACGCCGCGGCUGUCCCGCGCUUCGACGAUCCCGACUGGGCCAUGGCGGAUCACGCUGUGGUUCACUGGCUCAACGCCACUGUCGCGCCUGAUCUUCUCGACGCGGUGAUGGCGGACGAGGACGCGACCCUCACUGUCUGGACGGCCAUCGACGGGCUCUUCCGCGACAACCAACUCGCCCGGGCGGUGUACAUCGACGCCGAGUACCACGCCGUCGUGCAAGGCGACAUGACGGUCAUGCAGUACUGCACCAAGCUGAAGAUGUACGCCGACCAGCUUCGCGACCUCGGCCAGCCCGUGUCGGAACCGCGCCAGGUCUUCCACCUCCUGCGCGGUCUCAACCGUCAGUACCACGGUGCCAUCCCCCACAUCAUGUCGCAGUAG